AUCUCCGCGACCAGGAAACGGGAAAGAUGGCGACUGCUCGGCGACGUUGAGGCCGCGUUGGGCGGUUCAGAGUCAGGGUGAUGGCAGGAGAGCUGGCUGACAAGAAAGACCGUGAUGUAUCACCUUCCAAGGAGGAAAGGAAACGAUCUCGGACUCCUGACAGAGAGAGAGAGAGAGAUCGGGACCGGAAGUCUUCCCCGUCUAAGGAUAGAAAGCGCCAUCGUUCAAGGGAUAGGCGUCGAGGGGGCAGCCGUUCUCGUUCUCGUUCCCGUUCCAAAUCUACGGAAAGAGAACGGCGACAUAAAGAACGAGAACGUGAUAAGGAGCGAGAUCGGAACAAGAAAGACCGAGAUCGAGACAAGGAUGGGCACAGACGGGACAAGGACCGGAAAAGGUCCAGCUUAUCUCCUGGCCGAGGAAAAGAUUUUAAAUCUCGGAAAGAUAGAGAUUCUCGGAAAGAUGAAGAGGAUGAACAUGGUGAUAAGAAGCUCAAGGCCCAGCCAUUAUCCUUGGAGGAACUUCUGGCCAAGAAAAAAGCUGAGGAAGAAGCUGAGGCUAAGCCCAAGUUCCUCUCCAAAGCAGAACGAGAGGCUGAAGCUCUAAAGAGGCGGCAGCAAGAGGUGGAAGAGAGACAGAAGAUGCUUGAAGAGGAGAGGAAAAAGCGAAAACAGUUCCAAGACUUGGGCAGGAAGAUGUUGGAAGAUCCUCAGGAACGAGAACGUAGGGAACGCAGGGAGAGGAUGGAGCGGGAGACCAAUGGAAAUGAAGAUGAAGAAGGGCGGCAAAAGAUCCGGGAGGAGAAGGACAAGAGCAAGGAACUACACGCCAUUAAGGAGCGUUACCUGGGUGGAAUCAAGAAGCGGCGUCGGACAAGGCAUCUCAAUGAUCGUAAAUUUGUCUUUGAGUGGGAUGCUUCUGAGGAUACAUCCAUUGACUACAACCCCCUGUACAAAGAACGGCACCAGGUACAGUUGUUGGGGCGAGGCUUCAUUGCAGGCAUUGACUUAAAGCAACAGAAACGAGAACAGUCACGUUUCUAUGGAGACCUGAUGGAAAAGAGGCGAACACUGGAAGAAAAGGAACAGGAGGAGGCAAGACUCCGUAAACUUCGUAAGAAGGAAGCAAAGCAGCGCUGGGAUGAUCGACACUGGUCCCAGAAGAAGUUAGAUGAGAUGACAGACAGAGAUUGGCGGAUCUUCCGAGAGGACUAUAGCAUCACCACCAAAGGUGGCAAGAUCCCCAAUCCCAUUCGAUCCUGGAAAGACUCUUCUUUACCUCCACACAUCUUGGAGGUUAUUGAUAAGUGCGGUUACAAGGAACCAACACCUAUCCAGCGUCAGGCAAUUCCCAUUGGGCUGCAGAAUCGUGACAUCAUUGGCGUAGCCGAGACUGGCAGUGGCAAGACGGCAGCUUUCCUCAUCCCGUUGUUGGUGUGGAUCACCACUCUCCCUAAGAUUGACAGGAUUGAAGAGUCAGACCAAGGCCCUUAUGCCAUCAUCCUGGCACCCACCCGUGAGUUGGCCCAGCAGAUUGAAGAAGAGACCAUCAAAUUUGGGAAACCACUGGGCAUCCGCACCGUGGCUGUCAUUGGUGGCAUCUCCAGGGAAGACCAGGGCUUUAGACUGCGCAUGGGUUGUGAGAUUGUGAUUGCUACCCCAGGACGUCUGAUUGAUGUGCUGGAGAACCGCUACUUGGUGCUGAGCCGCUGUACCUAUGUGGUUCUGGAUGAAGCAGAUAGGAUGAUUGACAUGGGCUUCGAACCAGAUGUCCAGAAGAUCCUGGAGCACAUGCCUGUCAGCAAUCAAAAGCCAGACACAGAUGAGGCUGAAGACCCUGAGAAGAUGCUGGCCAAUUUUGAGUCAGGGAAACAUAAAUACCGCCAAACGGUCAUGUUCACGGCCACCAUGCCUCCAGCUGUGGAGCGCCUGGCCCGGAGCUAUCUUCGGCGACCUGCUGUGGUGUACAUUGGUUCUGCUGGCAAGCCUCAUGAACGAGUGGAACAGAAGGUCUUCCUCAUGUCAGAGUCAGAAAAGAGGAAAAAGCUGCUGGCUAUCUUGGAGCAAGGGUUUGAUCCACCCAUCAUCAUUUUUGUCAACCAGAAGAAGGGUUGUGAUGUGUUGGCCAAAUCCUUGGAGAAGAUGGGGUACAAUGCUUGCACUCUGCAUGGUGGGAAAGGCCAAGAGCAGCGAGAGUUUGCACUGUCCAACCUCAAGGCUGGGGCCAAGGAUAUUUUGGUGGCUACAGAUGUGGCUGGUCGUGGUAUCGACAUUCAAGAUGUAUCUAUGGUUGUUAACUAUGAUAUGGCCAAAAACAUUGAAGAUUACAUCCACCGGAUUGGCCGUACAGGACGAGCAGGCAAGAGUGGGGUAGCUAUCACCUUCCUCACGAAAGAAGACUCUGCUGUGUUCUAUGAGCUGAAGCAAGCAAUUCUGGAGAGCCCUGUGUCCUCCUGUCCUCCAGAGCUAGCCAACCACCCAGAUGCCCAGCACAAGCCAGGAACCAUCCUGACCAAAAAGCGCAGGGAAGAAACCAUCUUUGCCUGACACAGGGUUCUUCCCAUGGGUUAAGGACAUGCUCUGAAGCUGCCUAAAGCUGGUUCUUCAGGACCCUUCUGACAGGACCUCUGUCUCCUUCAGGUCCUCACUCUUGGGUUAUGGGAACUUAGGAAACAAUCAAGGCUACCCUGGCCCAGACCUUUAGGUCUGAAGGCCUGACUGAGCUUCCGAAGGAGGGGAACUGCUGUAGAAGGCAAGGAGAGAAAAUAGCCAGCUUUUGGCCCAGCUCU